CGCGAACACAGCCAGACGCGAAGCUCUCCAGAAAAGUUGAAAGCGCAGUGACAUACAGCCCUCCACGCCGACACCACACCGCACACCGAGCUACCGACAAGAUGCAAGCUCCCGUCGUGGUGAUGAACACCGCCACUGGCGACCGAAAGACCGGUCGUCAGGCACAAUUGUCCAACAUAACCGCCGCAAAGACCGUCGCCGAUAUCAUUCGAUCGUGUUUGGGGCCCAAGGCCAUGCUGAAGAUGCUGCUGGAUCCCAUGGGCGGUAUUGUCCUGACCAACGAUGGCCACGCUAUCCUGCGAGAGAUCGAAGUGGCGCACCCAGCAGCCAAGAGCAUGAUCGAAUUGGCACGAACGCAGGACGAGGAAGUGGGAGAUGGCACAACCACAGUCAUCAUUCUGGCUGGUGAGAUUCUGGCUCUGUCAUUGCCGCAACUCGAGCGCAAGAUCCACCCGGUUGUGAUCAUUCAAGCAUUCAAGCGAGCUCUCGCAGACUGCUUGAAGGUCAUUCAGGAUGUCUCCAUUCCCGUUGAUAUCAACGACAACGAUGUGAUGCGGAAUCUGAUCUCUACCUCCAUCGGCACCAAAUUCACUUCGCGAUACUCAGAUCUCAUGUGCGACUUGGCACUGCAAGCGGUCCGAACAGUAAGCACAGAUGCGCAUGGCGGCAAGAGGGAAGUGGAUAUCAAGAGAUAUGCACGUGUGGAGAAGGUGCCUGGUGGCGAGAUUGAGGACAGCAAAGUGUUGGACGGCGUCAUGCUGAACAAGGAUAUCACACAUCCCAAAAUGAGGAGGAGAAUAGAGAAUCCACGGGUCGUGCUGCUGGACUGCACAUUGGAGUACAAGAAGGGUGAAUCACAAACGAACAUCGAGAUCACAAAAGAGGAAGACUGGAACAGGAUUCUGCAGCUGGAGGAGGAGCAGAUCAAGGCAAUGUGUGAUGCAAUCCUUGCUGUGAAGCCCGACUUGGUCAUCACCGAGAAGGGUGUGUCAGAUCUGGCGCAGCACUUCUUCCAGAAAGCCAACAUUACCGCGAUUCGCCGGGUACGCAAGACGGACAACAACCGUAUUGCACGUGCAACUGGUGCCACCAUUGUCAACUCGGUCUAUGACUUGACAGAGCGCGAUGUUGGUACGCAAUGCGGUCUCUUCGAGAUUGAGAAGAUCGGCGACGAGUACUUUACCUUCCUGACGAAGUGCAAGAACCCCAAGGCUUGCACAAUCCUGCUCCGUGGACCUUCAAAAGACAUCCUGAAUGAGAUCGACCGCAACUUGCUCGACGCCAUGUCGGUGGCGCGAAACGUCAUUUUCCAUCCAUACCUCUCUCCGGGAGGUGGUGCAACAGAAAUGGCAUGCGCUGUACGGCUGGCCCAGCUCGCUAAAUCGAUCGAGGGUGUGCAACAAUGGCCAUACAAGGCCAUCGCGGACGCCAUGGAGGUCAUUCCCCGCACACUGAUCCAGAACGCAGGUGCCUCGCCUAUCCGGAUCCUGACAGCGCUACGAGCGAAGCACGCCGAGGGCGGUUCGACUUGGGGCAUCGAUGGAGAUGCUGGAAAGGUGGUCGAUCAGAAGGACUUCGGCAUCUGGGAACCUCAGGCUAUCAAGCUGCAGAGCGUCAAGACUGCGAUCGAGAGUGCGUGCUUGUUGCUCAGAGUCGACGAUAUUGUUGGCGCCAAGCAGGCGAGAACUGCGGGUGGACAAGGAGGAGAUGAUUGAGGAGGAGCGUGAGGAGCGUGUUUGAUGAGUAUGAUGAAAAGUUCUGACCUGGGCAGGCAACAGGUCUGGAAGCAAAAUCAGUGCCGUGUACAAUGAAGAACAAUGGCAGCAUGGCUCAGCCAACGGAAGGCGAGCUACGAUUCGAUGCAACGAUCGUCGCCAUGAAAUGCUUCGUGGCCUCGAACGCUGCCGUACGAACAAAGACCCGGAAGCACCAUCUGUCUUGUAGCAGAGUCUCGUAGACAGCCGACACAUGGUACUUUGCACAUGCGCGUGACAAAUCACUUUCUGAUGACAUGCUUACACCCCAUAGUACACUCGAUAAUCUUGGUUUUCCGGCAGCUUGAACGAUUACAUGCCACAUGCUACACGCAGAUGUCAGUGCAUGGGCAGUGUCCUUGAAAACAUAAGCUUGUUCACGAACACACCCUCCUAUUCAUCUCAAGUGUGAAAGUCAUGGCUUUCCUCACUAAACUUGUGCGCCGAGAAUCUCUCAUAGUGAAUCAAUGUGAUACCGUUCACCAGUGC